UUCUUAAUUUAUGGCGUUUUUAAUUUAUGUUUUGUAUGGGAAUGUCCCGAGAUACAAUUAAUUCAUAUGUUUUUAUUUCGCUGAACAAAGAAUGUGGGAAAAGUAAAUAAUUUAGAAUUUUACUUUGAAUAAUUCAGAAUUUUACUUGAAGGCAAUAAUAAUUUUUGCUAAACAACAAGGUUUUCAUUCUUUGAAGGUUUUUGAAAUAAGCGUUGAAACACCAGUCAUGGCGUCAUACGGAAAUCCAAUGAGUGAAUCAACUAUUCUGCGUAAUCAUGUAUUUUAUCAGAAGAGUUACGUACAGACGGAUACCCUACCAGCACCGACCAGAAGUAACUCACCGGUCCGUUUCAAACCACUCCGUAAAAGUAAACCAAAAGCAAAGUCCGAGUCCAAAGAUAAACCUGUUAAGAAACGAUCGUCGUCUGCUUCUCCAGUAAGAAAUAAAGCGAGGAAUAAUAUUGAGCAGCUGGACUACAGACGAUUACAACGGACAGAUCGUCCAAGACCUUGGCAAGAAAAAACGCCGAAACUUAAGCAUCAUUCCGGAACAUUGAAGUUGAUGUAUGACGGCGCACUCCCUGAAUUCAUUGAUAAAUCUAAGGCGACAUUGCGUGCCAGAAAAUAUGUAUCCAACACUAAAUACGGGAAUAUAUAUGAGAUAAGAGAGGAGGUGCCGAAAAACAAAAGAACAAAGACACCGCCGCCUAGAAAAUGGAUUUGGGAAGAUGAUUUUCUACUUUGGAUGCAUGGUUCUAGAGAAAAAUACAUGGAGGAGAUCGGUUCAACACGACAUAAACAAAUAUCAGCUAUACAAGGCUCUUCACCAAAGUCAACAAAUACCAGCACUCCCAGACCGGGAAGCCUUCCCUCCAUCAAAGAACAUUGCCGUCCUAAUGCAGAAAUUUACGCGUAAGUUGAUGAACACGAUGCAUGUGUCAGAAAAACAAAUACUCGCGCAUGAAGACAUUCUUUAAAACAUAUUGACAUUAUGUAUUUCACCUCUUUAUCUACACAACGUGCAUGUUUUAUUUAGUAUUAUACAUGUAUAUGCAUGUCAUACAGUGAAAAUAUAUAGUUAGAAGUCAAUUUAAAGUAUUUUUCUUUCUUUUUCUUUCCUUCAUUACUGGUAACAUCAAAGAAGUCUUUUUCGCAGGUGCUUUUAAGCUUGCCUAAUUGUGCUUUUAAUAAAAAGAAUGAAGCAUGGCUUUUACUUUUCAUAAAUUAAUUUACAUGUUUUCUACACUGUGAAAUAGAUUUUAUGACCCAUAAUAACUAUUUAUAACAUUUAUAAAUUGUCGAUACAGCGUAAUUGAAAUCAACUAUAUUUGUAAAUGAUAAAUAAUUGA